UGAUCGCCCUGUAAGUUAAUCGACGAUUAAAUUAACCAGAGUUUGGUCAAAGUGGCCCUUAGCAUACAAGAGAUUAUAUUAUUAACUGAGGCUGGAAGUUCUUUAAUCCGAUUUAUAUUAUUACAUCUGCAGUAUCUUAUCAACUUUAAGAGGAAAUGAUAUGUCCAGGCCAGGAAGAGGUAGUAGGGAUUGGGAUGACCCAACGCAGCCAUCCACAAGUGGCGGUUAUCGUAAACCUUACUCCAGGGGUUCGGAAAGCGAAAGAGAACGGCCGAGAGGGAUAAUAAAGACUGUCGGUAGCCAUGGAGAUUAUGAAGAUCCUGGUGCAGGACCAUCUUAUUCAAGAGAUGAUAUUAAAAAAGAAGAAACGCAGCUUGUUCCCAGAGGUAGUGGAGGAGAUGCAUCAACAAGAGGUCCACGUAAAAAGGAAAUAAUUUAUGUUACUAGACCAAGUACUUUACAAAAUAAAAAAGGAACGUAUGGGCAACGUAUAAUGCUGCAAUCAAAUCAUUUUAAGUUAUUGACUGUACCUGAUUGGUGCCUUUAUCAGUAUCGAAUUGAUUUCGAACCGGACGAGAGUCGUACAUGCGUGCGCAAAGGCUUGUUUCGACUUCACAAGGAUAAAAUAGGCCCGUAUAUAUUUGACGGCACUAUCCUGUUCACGACUACCCGUUUCGCAGAGAAAAAAGAAUUGAUGUCAGUCAGACAAUCUGAUGGGCAACAAAUCCAAAUAAUUAUGCGAUUUGUUGGGAGUUUGCAGCGGAGUGAUUCGCAGUAUAUCCAGUUCUUUAACAUAAUAAUGAGAAAGUGUUUGGAGCAUCUGAAUUUGCAACUAGUGGGCCGCAACUACUUCGAUGCUAUGGAUAACAUUAACAUUAAUCAAUUUAAACUGCAAUUGUGGCCGGGCUACGUUACGUCUAUUAGACAGCACGAGCAAGAUAUCCUAAUGUGCACCGAAAUAACUCAUAAAGUACUUCGUCAGGACACGCUGUUACACAUGUUAAACGAUUGCUACCAUAACCGCGGCCCGAAUAAUUUUAAGGAAGAAUUCUGUCGAAGUGUAAUCGGGCUUGUUGUACUUACGCGUUACAACAACAACACGUAUCGCGUCGAGGAUGUUGAUUUUGACACAACUCCAUCGUCAACAUUUAAACUGAAAACUGGUGAAGAUGUAUCGUAUCAAGCUUAUUACAAGAAAAAGUAUAAGAUCGACAUAACGAGCUCUACGCAGCCGAUGUUGGUAGUAAGAUCAAAAGUAAAAGUGCGAGGCGUAGCAUCCGAGGAAUUCGUUUAUCUGGUCCCCGAAUUGUGCUCUGCUACAGGUUUAACUGAUAACAUGAGGGAGCAGUUUCCACUCAUGAAAGCGUUAUCUAUACACACUAAGGUUUCACCCGGAGCUCGAAUUGAGAAGUUGCUAAGAUUUAAUAGAAGACUACGUGACCAGCCGAAAGUUGUCCAAGAAUUCAAGGAUUGGAAUAUGACGUUAGAUCGGAAUUUGCUCGAUGUGCCCGGUCGUGUAUUGGGAUCCGAGACGUUGUACUUAGGUAACGAGAGAAGGAUAACCGCCAGCGGUGAUUGGGCGAGAGACAUGCAGAGGCUAAGCUUGUUGCAAUGUAAGGAGUUGAGCCAGUGGGUAAUAGUGGGACAGCAACGAGACAACCAUAAUAUAAGGAAUUUUAUAAGGACGAUAACUAAUGUAUCACGUGCAAUGUCGUUCCGCAUGUAUGAUCCGCAAGUGCAUUAUAUACGCGACGACAAAUCGAGCACGUACGUCGAGAAUCUCGAGUACAUUCUCAGUAAGUCCGUUCCACAAUUGGUGUUCUGCAUAGUGAGCAACAAUCGCAGUGACCGUUACGCAGCUAUCAAGAAGAAAUGUUGCAUAGACAGACCGAUAGCGUCUCAAGUUUUCCUAAUGAAAAACCUAACAGCAAAAAGCGUCAUGUCGAUCGCUACAAAAGUGGCGAUACAGAUGAAUUGUAAAUUAGGCGGCGCCCCUUGGCGAGUCGAUCUACCAUUAAAGGGUAUAAUGGCUAUCGGUUUCGAUAUAUGUCACGACACAAACACAAAAGGCAAAGAUUACGUGGCUAUGGUGGCAACCGUAAAUCAGCAACUGACGCAAUAUUUCAGUAGUAUUAGCAUGUAUCACAAUAUUGAAGAACGUGCAGAACAAAUCUGCGUAGGAGUAGCGAAAGCUGUGCAAAUAUAUCGCUCGCUAAAUAAGGCUCUUCCAAUGUACCUCGUGAUUUAUCGCGACGGUGUCAGCGAGGGUGAAAUACCACAAGUUUUUGAGAACGAGGUGGAAUGCCUGAAGAAGAAGCUCGAAGAGCUGUAUUACGGUCCGAAUUUCAAAUUGACCUUCAUCCUCGUGUCCAAGCGGAUCAACAUUCGACUCUUCUUGAAUCGCAAUCGAAACCCUCCGACAGGCACAGUUGUCGACGACGUUAUAACUAGUCCGUUCAAGUAUGAUUUCUAUCUCGUGUCGCAGCAAGUCAGGGAAGGUACGAUUGCACCUACCUUGUACAACAUCAUCUCGGACAACAGCGGCCUAGACCCGGGGAUGCUGCAAACGAUAACGUACAAAUUGACGCAUAUGUAUUUUAAUUGCUCGACCACCGUUCGCGUACCGGCACCCUGCCACUACGCUCACAAGUUGUCUCACUUGGUGGGACAGUUCCUACAUCGGCCUCCGAAUUCGCAGCUGGAGCAUCAGCUGUUUUAUCUCUGAGCCAUUAGGUUUUUAUUUAUACUUAUAUCUUAUUUUCUUGUGUUCAUAAUUUCUAUAACUCGUAUAACCUGUGUUUAAAUUAUAUUAUCUGUAACUAAUAAAUCGAAUUUACUUUAAUUCUAAAGAAAUUUUAUAUAAUAUUAGAGAGAGAGAGAAGAUAUAUUAUUACAUGUUACGAAAUGUUACCAUUCUUAAAUUCGAUUUAUUAAGUUUAGCAUAAUGAAAGAAUAUUAAAAUAAUUUCUUUUACUUUUCAAUGUAUCGCAUGAUGUAAAAUGCAUUUUCAUGGAAUUUACCUCAGUAAUAUUGCCAAUGAAUAAUAUUAUGGCACAUUCAUUAUUUUGAUUAAUUUGUUUACUUGCAUAUGGAACUUUCUCUAUUGGUAAUCUCUGUUAAUAUAAGCAUGAAUCACAGACUUUAUUUUGAGAAGAGAUAAGACAAUGCACGUUUUUGAGAUCUCGCGCAUUCGAAAAUUAAAACGAUUGUGAAAUCGUUGAAAAACUUGUACUUCUGUAUAGUUAUGUUUUCUGGUAUGCAUUCAUAUUAACGAGAUUAAUUCACACAGUUUUCAGCAAUCUAACGUAUUGUCACGCGUUUUUAGCCAUUUUUUUAUUACGGAGAUACAUGUAUUUUAAUACAAACAUAAUCUAGUAUCUACAUGAUCGAACAGUCGAUAUGUUAUAACUUACAGAAGACCAAAGAUAUAGAUUACAAUUAGAUGUAUAGUUAUUUUUUUAUUUUAUUUACGAUUUACGUAAUUGACAGAUAUUAAGGUAUUAAAACAUUGCGUUGAAGAUAUUUAAAUGUAGAUGCCCAAUAAUACAUUUAUUUUGCAUGAUAAUACUGCUAACAAAUUUCUAUACUGACAAUACUGACAAAUGUUAAUUUCUAUAAUACUGAUAGUACAUAUCAAUAUUGUUUGCUUUACGUAUAUUCUUUUCAUUCUUACUCUAUUGAUCUACGUUUUAGUCUUAUGAUACUUAUAUAUUUAAGAAAUGAGAAAACAAAUAUGUUUUUUACAAUUUAAUUUAUGAUGUAAAGAUGUAUAUCCAUAUACAGAUAUGUAUGUGCGGCCAGUAACAAUUACGUAAUUUACAAAAGCUAAAAUAUUAUUAGUUACGUUUAAGAGAUAUAUCACUUUUAUAUCCGAAAGAAACCUAUUGUUUUAAGGACGAGUUAAAAAGAUAUUAUUUUCAUGAAGUGUAUUUUAUUGCCUGUACAAUUUAUAAUACAUUUAUAAUAAAAUGAAACAUACAACACUGUUUCACGACUGAGCUGAAAUAUAAUAAAUUCCAUGCGUACA